GGGGAGAAUACGAGAUUCUAGCCAAUAAAAUUACAACGAAUCAGAAUGACAGGUUAAAUGAAAAUAUUAAAUAACCUAAAAAUACUUCAAAUAACCAUCAUUUUUCGAAUACGUUUAUUAAGACUUCUGUGAUAUAAAUAAUUUAAAUUAAAAUGAGUGCAAGAAAUCUAAUUUGUGUGUUGGUAUUUUUGACAAGUAUUAGUAUUGUUUAUUUAAAACAAAACGCCGAAGAAGCCGACUUUGUUCCCACUCAUCAGUGGAAAGAAGUAAAAAAAGGUCAAAAAAUUCCAAAGGGCUUACAUGUGAGAUUUAAUUUUGACACUGGAGUAACUGAAGCUAAAUUAUUGGAUGAAAGUGAAAAUACAUAUAAAAACCAAGCUAUAAUUCCAAUUGAUGGUAGUAGCGAUAAAGAUUUUUUAUUGGAUAAGGAUGCAAUAAAAGAGUCCCUAAAAAGAAUAAAAAAUGAUCCAGAAAAUGCUAAUAAAAACUCUGAGGGUUUUCGCUCAUAUGAAGAACUUAAAAUAUCUUUGGCAGAUUUAAAUCUUGCACCGAAACAAGAUUCAGAGGUUAUUACAGAUUUAUUAGCUGAUUUUGAUGUACAGAUGAAGAAAGAUAAAAGAAAUUUAGAAAAAGUAUUGAUCAUUAUUGAGGACUUGGACUAUCUUUCUCAUCAAAUUGAUAAUGCUAUUGAGUUUGUCAGACAAGAUGGUUUUAAUAAAAUUGUCUAUAAAAAUUUUAAUGAAACUGAUCCGGAGAUAAAACAAAUGACCUUAAAAUUAUUUGGAUCAUUGGUUCAAAAUAACGGUAAAGUCCAGGUCCAUUGUCUUGAAUCAGGUUGUUUGUAUAAAUUGUUACGUUUAAUUUCAAUUGAAUCUAAUGAUAUGGUAAAAUCAGCUGGAGUUGCUGCUUUGGGAUCAUUGCUACGAAGGUUUCCAUUGGCUCAAAAAACUUUUAUUGGACAAGGAGGUGUUGCAGUGUUGUCCCAAUUGUUGGUUAACAAUACUGUUAAAAUGCAAAUUAAAAUAGCAACUUUAAUAAGUGAUUUGUUAAUUGAGAAUGAAGAAGGAAGGGAGAAUCCAAAGGAAAGUAUUAGUAAACAAUACAAAGAAAUUGACUUUAAAGGGAUGUUAUUAGAAAACAAUUGGUGUGAAAAUAUUGACAAAAUGUUAUUAUCCACUGUUCUUCUUAACAUUGAUGAUCAUGAUAAAAUAGAAAAAUGUCUUUUAUCCAUGAAUACCGUGAAAUCGUACUGUUUUCUACUUUUUGAUAAAUCUCUUUUAUAUGAAUUACGAGCUCGCUAUCAAACUUUAGCCCAAAUUGAGAUUGAAAAUAAAAAUGAACUCAAUAAAUAUGAUUUUUUUAAAGGUAUUUAUAAUAUUAUAUCUGAAAUACUGAAAGUUAAUGAUACAGUUAAGUCUGAAUUAUAGAUAAAAUUUUACAUUAAUAUAUGAAUAUUAUAAGUAAUAAAUAAAAACUUAACAGUAAAAACAAAAUUAAUGGGAAAUAGUUUAAAGUUAAACCUAAUAUUAUUUUUUAAUUUGUAUUCAUUUUAAAGUAAUUUUAAGUUUAAUUUUUUAAACUAACAUUUAGUUUGAAAUUUGUAGGAUUUGUUUUAUUUUUUUGUUUAACUUGUAAAUUUUGUUGAUGUAGGUAUUUUUGAAAUUUAUAUUUUGUU